UUGAUUCACGCGUCAUAAGGGUGUUUUGACUUUUAGCGCGUUUCUUGUCCAGGUAGUUUGAAGAUGGAGACCGACCCCAGUGUCAGCUCGAUGGUCAUGUUGGAGGACGAGUCGGUGGACGUCCGCUACGUGAACGGAUCCCAGUUACAAGUGUCCCCGUGCGGCGGUGAGUUCCUGCUGGUGAAAGCCUCCGAUCCCUCCUCGCAUCCUCUGCAGCCCAGAGAGAGGGUCCGCCAGAGGACGCGGUUCACCAUCAGCUCGUACAAGGAGUUGAUGACAGCUGCUCUGGCGUUUAGGAAUAAAUAUGCAAGUCGACCAUACCUGCCACAGGAACUCGUCCCUGCUGAACACAAGACGUCUUGCAGUAUUGACUCGGAUGUGAUGUGGCCGGAGUUCUCCUCCUGUGAAGCUGAGCUCGGGCCUGGAGGUGAAACCAUCAUCCGGUCUGAGGAGGGACGAGCUACGCUGAUGCUGUCGCCCUCAGGAGAAGAAUUCUCCAUUGAGUUCCAGUGCAGACUCAGCCAGUUUCAGAAUCAUCAGCACAGUGCGGAGAGUUCCAGCAGGGAUGCGGAAUGCAGGGCGAGCAGGCAGCAAUAUCCGGGGGCGGUGUACCAAUCCACCACAGUGGUCCAGCAUCACUCGUGCUUUGCUUAUGCCCCCAUGUGGCGCUACCCUCUCUCCUUAGCUCUCCACCACUGGACGACGCGUGUCUCCCAACCUAAAGAAGUCACAGCGGUUGGACCCGAUUAUUCUGCCCAAGCAGACAGGAAAAUAAACAUGUCUGACAUAUCUAGUGAAGAGAGAAGGUCUUGUCUACCUCAGGCACUGGCUCUCACAUGUCUGUCCCCUCACAGACACAGGUGGAAGAGUAAAGAUGAGGACCUUCCAGCAGAGCUGAUGAAAGUGAUGUGGUGUCAAGGAGUCACCUACAGGAUACUGAGUGGAGCUGUCGCAGUCAUAGAGGUUUCUCCAGGAGAUGGAUCAGUGAUCCGUUCUAACGGUGUCCUCAACACUUACUUUACCCAUCACCGCCCUGAGCUCCAGUCAGGGCGUGUGAAAGAGAUAUCAUAUCAUCUGAAUAACCUUCCACCAGUUGUAGUUGGACAGGCCUACUCUAUAUGCUCUAUUGUGAAUCGUGCAAGCAGGAUCCUCACCUGCUAUGACCAGGCCAAACAAUCGCUGACGCUCCCUGCAACACUCAGCUGCUUGCAAGGGACCAUAGAGGGCAGACAUUUUUCUAAACCUGCAGUGCUUGAAGGAAAUCUUGCUCCUGUGGAGCAUCAAAUGAUUGUUACAGAGAGACAAGAAAACAUGUCAGAUAUUGUAGCUGCAGAAGUGGAGAAGAUACAACGGUUCAACUUUCUUCUGGAGAAUAGCCAGCUGGAAAGAGGUGAGAAAGCAUGUGUGGAGCAGAAAUGUCCUUCUGCAGAGGAGGAGACUCAUGAACCACUGAGUGAGAGCUCCAUUGCUGAAGCUCUUCAGAGGACUUCCAAGGCCAUACAGGAGAUUGAUGCGCUCGUGUCUGCAACAACACUGACUUGACGGAGUGACGUAAAAGUAGCAGGAACCCCUGUGUCUGAGUUUCCCUGGGAAGAUGUAAAGCAGUGUAACUGUUAUGUACGAACACUUGCAUAAAAUCACUAAUAACAUAAACAAUGA